UGAAAGUGAAAGUAUUUUAAUGCUGGACUCUCCAUUUUGUCAAGAAACGCGGAUAAGAGUCUGUAUUUCGAGAGGCCCCAGCAUCAGUCAUCUGGUCUAGAUCGGCCAAAAAAUGGGGGGAGCUGCUUCUGAAAUGACCCCCCCUGUGGAGUGUAAAACAAAGAGAACUGAGAGUGUCCUGAUGGAGAGAGCAGGCUCACCUGCACCCAGUUGUGUUUACAUGAAGAGUGACCAGUCAAUGGGGGAACCAAUCAGCUUCAGAGAGGGACCUUUUCCUACAGAUCAAAGUGUCCUGAUGGAGAGAGCAGGCUCACCUGCACCCAGCUGGGUUUCCAUGAAGAGUGACAGGUCAAUGGAGCAACCAAUCUUCUUCAGAGAGGGACGUUUUCCUACAGAUCAAAGGGACCAAGUGAAUAGAGUGAAUAAAGGAGACUUAUCAUCCAUCUUCAAGUUACUGGAGAAAAAAGCUCAAAUGUUUCUGAAGGAUGAGCUGAUGAAAUUCAAAAGGUACCUGGAUCAGAAUGACCCAGAAUGGUCUGAGCCUCAGCUGGAGGAGGACAAUGACCUGGACAGUGAUGGUCAGAUGCAGAAGACCUGUGGUAGAGAGGGAGCUCUGAAGAUCACACUGUACAUCCUGAGGAACAUGGAGCAAAAUGAUCUCGCUGACAUGCUGGAGAAGAGGCAUCUUCUGUCGCAGUAUCAGCGCACAAUCAAAUAUAAUCUGAAGAAGAAAUUUGAGUGUGUAUUUGAAGGGAAAGCUAAGGAAGGACAGCCAACACUUCUCAAAGAGAUUUACACAGAACUCUACAUAACUGAAGGGGAAGCUGGAGGAGUCAGUGAUGAACAUGAAGUGAGACAGAUUGAAACAGCAUCCAAGAAAAGGGCAACAGAAGAUAUUACAGUCAGGUGCAAUGAUAUAUUUAAACCCUUAUACGGGCGUGUGACACCUAUCAGAACUGUACUCACAAAAGGGGUCGCAGGUAUCGGGAAAACAGUCUCUGUGCAGAAAGUUAUUCUUGACUGGGCAGAAGGAAAAGCAAACCAGGAUGUUCACUUCAUCUUUGCUCUUCCUUUCCGGGACCUGAACUUGAUUAAGGAUGAAUACAGUCUGAUUGAUCUGCUUCACCACUUUGUCCCAGAACUGAAAUUGCUUGAAUCCACUGUGCUGUAUAGGUACAAAGUUUUGUUGAUCUUUGAUGGUCUGGAUGAAUGUCGCCUUCCUCUAGAUUUUCAGAACAAUGAGAGCUGCUUUGAUGUAACAAAGAAAACAUCACUGGAUGUGCUGUUGACUAACCUCAUUAAGGGGAAUCUGCUUCCAUCCGCUCUCCUCUGGAUAACCUCCCGGCCAGCAGCAACCAAUCAGAUACCUCCUGAGUGUGUCCACCAGGUGACAGAGAUACGAGGGUUCAGUGAUGCCCAGAAGGAGGAGUAUUUCAGGAAGAGAUUUAGUGAUCAGAGCCUGGCUAACAGGAUUAUCAAACAUGUGAAAUCAUCAAGGAGCCUCUUCAUCAUGUGCCACAUACCUGUGUUCUGCUGGAUUUCAGCCACUGUCCUUGAAAGGCUUUUUAGUGAGACUGAGAGGGGAGAAAUUCCAAGGACCCUGACUGAAAUGUACACACACUUCCUGAUCUUUCAGGUGAGUUUAAAAAAUGACAAGUAUAUGAAAAAUUAUGAAACCAAGCUCAAGGAAUACAGCAAGGAAUUCCUUUUGAAACUUGGUAAAUUGGCUUUUGACAGCCUUGAGAAAGGCAAUCUCAUAUUUUAUAAGCAAGAUCUGACAGAGAAUGGUGUUGAUGUCACAGAGGCUUCAGUUUACUCUGGAGUGUGCACAGAAGUCUUUAAAGAGGAGUAUGGGUUGUACCAGGAGAGGGUGUACUGCUUUGUGCAUCUGAGCAUCCAGGAGUAUCUCGCUGCUUUAUAUGUGUUUCUGACAAACUCAUCAGCUGACCUGCUGAAGACUGCAAUGGAUCAGGCAUUAAAGAGCAAGAAUGGACACUUGGACCUCUACCUCCGCUUCCUCCUUGGCCUCUCAACAGACUCCAGUAAGAUUCUGUUACAAAAACUACUGGGAGAUACAAGACUCAGGUCACAUAACAUUAAGGAAACAGCCCAGUACAUCAAGGAGAAAAUUCAGGAGAAUUUGUCUGCAGAAAGGACCAUCAACCUGUUCCACUGCCUGAAUGAACUGGGUGACAAUUCUCUAAUAGAGGAAGUACAAAGAUCCCUGAGUUCAGGAAGCCUUUCAGCAGCAGACCUCUCACCUGCACAGUGGUCAGCUCUGGCCUUUGUGUUACUGAUGUCAGAUAAGGAGCUGGAUGUGUUUGAUCUGAAGAAAUACAUCAGAUCAGAUGAAGGUCUUCAGAGGCUGCUGCCUGUGAUCAAGAAAUCUAGGACAGCUCUGCUGGACAACUGUAAACUCACAGAGACAUGCUGUGAAGUUUUGGCUUCAGCUCUCAGAUCAAACUCCUCUCAGCUGAGAGAGCUGGACCUGAGUGACAAUAACUUGCAGGAUUCAGGGGUGAAGCUGCUCUCUGCUGGACUGGUGGAUUCACACUGUACACUGGAGAUACUGAGACUGUCAGGCUGUAGAGUCACAGAAGGAGGCUGUUCUUCCCUGGCUUCAGCUCUGAGGUCAAACCCCUCACACCUGAGACAGUUGGACCUGAGUGACAAUGACCUGCAGGAUUCAGGGGUGAAGCUGCUCUCUGCUGGACUGGGGGAUUCACACUGUACACUGGAGAUACUGAGACUGUCAGGCUGUAGAGUCACAGAAGGAGGCUGUUCUUCCCUGGCUUCAGCUCUGAGGUCAAACCCCUCACACCUGAGACAGUUGGACCUGAGUGACAAUGACCUGCAGGAUUCAGGGGUGAAGCUGCUGUCUGCUGGACUGGGGGAUUCACACUGUACACUGGAGAUACUGAGACUGUCAGGCUGUAGAGUCACAGAAGGAGGCUGUUCUUCCCUGGCUUCAGCUCUGAGGUCAAACCCCUCACACCUGAGACAGUUGGACCUGAGUGACAAUGACCUGCAGGAUUCAGGGGUGAAGCUGCUGUCUGCUGGACUGGGGGAUUCACACUGUACACUUGAGAUACUGAGGCUGUCAUUCUGUAGAGUCACAGAAGAAGGCUGUUCUUCCCUGGCUUCAGCUCUGAGGUCAAACUCCUCUCAGCUGAGAGAGCUGGACCUGAGUGACAAUGACCUGCAGGAUUCAGGGGUGAAGCUGCUCUCUGCUGGACUGGUGGAUUCACACUGUAAACUGGAGAUACUGAGGCUGUCAGGCUGUAGAAUCACAGGAGAAGGCUGUUCUUCCCUGGCUUCAGCUCUGAGGUCAAACCCCUCACACCUGAGAGAGCUGGACCUGAGUAACAAUGACCUGCAGGAUUCAGGGGUGAAGCUGCUCUCUGCUGGACUGGGGGAUUCACACUGUACACUGGAGAUACUGAGACUGUCAGGCUGUAGAGUCACAGAAGAAGGCUGUUCUUCCCUGGCUUCAGCUCUGAGAUCAAACUCCUCUCAGCUGAGAGAGCUGGACCUGAGUAACAAUGACUUGCAGGAUUCAGGGGUGAAGCUGCUCUCUGCUGGACUGGGGGAUUCACACUGUACACUGGAGAUACUGAGGCUGUCAUUCUGUAGAGUCACAGAAGAAGGCUGUUCUUCCCUGGCUUCAGCUCUGAGAUCAAACUCCUCUCAGCUGAGAGAGCUGGACCUGAGUGACAAUGACCUGCAGGAUUCAGGGGUGAAGCUGCUCUCUGCUGGACUGGGGGAUUCACACUGUACACUGGAGAUACUGAGGCUGUCAGGCUGUAGAGUCACAGAAGAAGGCUGUUCUUCCCUGGCUUCAGCUCUGAGGUCAAACCUCUCACACCUGAGACAGUUGGACCUGAGUGACAAUGAUCUGCAGGAUUCAGGGGUGAAGCUGCUGUCUGCUGGACUGGGGGAUUCACACUGUACACUGGAGAUACUGAGGCUGUCAUUCUGUAGAGUCACAGAAGAAGGCUGUUCUUCCCUGGCUUCAGCUCUGAGGUCAAACCCCUCACACCUGAGACAGUUGGACCUGAGUGACAAUGACCUGCAGGAUUCAGGGGUGAAGCUGCUGUCUGCUGGACUGGGGGAUUCACACUGUACACUGGAGAUACUGAGGCUGUCAUUCUGUAGAGUCACAGAAGAAGGCUGUUCUUCCCUGGCUUCAGCUCUGAGGUCAAACUCCUCUCAGCUGAGAGAGCUGGACCUGAGUGACAAUGACCUGCAGGAUUCAGGGGUGAAGCUGCUCUCUGCUGGACUGGUGGAUUCACACUGUAAACUGGAGAUACUGAGGCUGUCAGGCUGUAGAAUCACAGGAGAAGGCUGUUCUUCCCUGGCUUCAGCUCUGAGGUCAAACUCCUCUCAGCUGAGAGAGCUGGACCUGAGUGACAAUGACCUGCAGGAUUCAGGGGUGAAGCUGCUCUCUGCUGGACUGGUGGAUUCACACUGUAAACUGGAGAUACUGAGGCUGUCAGGCUGUAGAAUCACAGGAGAAGGCUGUUCUUCCCUGGCUUCAGCUCUGAGGUCAAACCCCUCACACCUGAGAGAGCUGGACCUGAGCUACAAUCACCCAGGAGACUCAGGAGUGAAGCUGCUCUCUGCUCUACUGGAGGAUCCCAGCUGUAAACUGGAGAAACUGAAUGUGGACCACAGUGGAGAGUGCAGGACCAGACCAGGGAUCCAGAAAUACUCCUGCCAGCUGACGCUGGACCCCAACACAGCAAACAGCCGCCUGUCUCUGUCAGAGGGGAACAGGAAGGCGACAUGGGGGGCAAAGCAGCCAUAUCCUGAUCAUCCAGAGAGAUUUGACAUCUGGAGCCAAGUCCUGUGCAGAGAGAGUCUGACUGGUCGCUGUUACUGGGAGGCUGAGUGGAGUGGAGAUGGAGCCCAGAUAGGAGUGACUUACACAGGAAUCGGGAGGAAAGAAGACAGUGAUUACUGUCAGCUUGGAGCCAAUGACAAGUCAUGGAUGCUGAGCUGCUCUCCUGACAGUUACUCUGUCCAUCACAAUAAUAAGCAGACUGUCAUACCCAUAAAGCCCUCAGGCUCCCACAGAGUAGGAGUGUAUCUGGACUGGGCGGCUGGUACUCUGUCCUUCUACAGAGUCUCCUCUGAUGGACUGACCCUCCUGUACAGCUUCACCUCCUCAUUCACUGAACCCCUCUGUCCAGGGUUUUGGGUUUAUACAAACUCGCCCGUGGCCCUGUGCAUGCUGGGAUAGCUCACUGUGUGACAGAGGAAUCU